AAAAAAAAAAAAAAAAAAAAAAAAAAACAUGUAACCGCAGUUUUAUUUACAGUAGUCCUUGAAGACGGUGACGUGCAGAAGACUUCAGCGGUUGGUUUGUGCGCCGGUGUCAUGCUUAUGAGUUUUCAUUAGAGAAUGGACAUCUUUGCUUUGCUCAUCCACAUUGACACUGUCUACAUCCACAAAGAAGCACCCCCAGUAAGCGGCAUUGUGACGAUCUGAUUUUAGAAGGUGGUGCCGAUGAAGAAUUUACAAAAAAAAAAGAAAUCAGAUUUUUGGGGAUAUUUGCAAUAAGCGUUCUACAGUACACACUUGCUUUGUAAUGGGUUCCAACUACUAACCAACUCUCACGAGAUUGACACCGCGUGAAUUAUAAAAUAUCCCGCCCCUGUUGUGACAGUCACGUCUGGUUUGGUCUAUUAUCGUUUGUGUUCCAAAGCAAUGUAAAAAGGCACAGCACCCACAGCUCCAUAACAUUCGCAAAACAAGCGGGAUUUCUCGUUGCACCUGCAUGUGCGCAGCACACCUGCACUUCAAGCCAGAGACGUUAACCCCAGCACCCCAACUUCCCGUGCCCCUGCUCAAGACGUUUCUAGUUUGACAGCCCAACACCCCACCCUCGCACCUUCAUCCAGAAGCCAGAAUGCACUGUACGCUUCUCUUUCGAGCCACGCCGCAUAGUUAAGACUGCACUUCAGGGAUUGGACGACUGGUGGCCAAUGAGCUGUGGUUUUGCCGAAGCUGCGAUGACCUAGUGGAUGCUGUCUGAAAAUGCUAAAAAGGAAAGAGUGCCCUCGAUUACUGGACUACCUGAUCGUAGUUGGAGCCAGGCAGCCAUGCAGCGACAGCGUUGUCCAGACCCCAGAGCUCCUGCGCCGCUACCCCCUCGAGGACCACCAUGAAUUCCCGCUGCCCCCUGAUGUGGUCUUUUUCUGCCAGCCAGAGGGAUGCCUGAGCGUGCGGCAGAAACGCAUGAGCCUGCGGGACGACACCUCCUUCGUCUUCACCCUCACCGACAAGGACUCGGGCGUGGUGCGCUACGGCAUCUGUGUCAACUUCUACCGCUCCUUCCAAAAGCGCCUCGGCAAGUCUGAGAAGCUGGAAGGCCACCGGAGCCGGGAGAAGGCCAAAUCCAUUGCCGCCGUUGCAGCACCUGCUGCCUCCAGCGAGGAGACAGGCAACGAGAGCUCGGAGAGCGGCUCCUCGCUCCUGCCGGCCAGCGCAGACUCCACCCCGGACGUUAACAAGUCACCGCGGGGCAAACGCUUUGCCAGACUCGCCCAGAGGAACCGGAACAGCACCCUGACCUCCCUGUGCAUUCUGAGCCAGUACCCCUUCUUCUCAACCUUCCGGGAAUGUCUCAACAUCCUGAAGAGGAUGGUCGACUGCUGCAGCGAGAGGUUGACCAAGAAAGCAGGCAUCCCAAAGGGAGUACAAAGGGAUACGAUGUGGCGCGUCUUCACAGGCGCGCUGUCUGUGGAGGAGAAGAGCAGCGUGCUGCUGCAGGACCUGCGGGAGAUCGAGUCCUGGGUGUAUCGGCUGCUGCGCUCGCCGGUGCCCCUUGCCGGGCAGAAGCGCGUCGACGUGGAGGUGCUGCCCUCGGAGCUGCAGCCAGCCCUGACCUUCGCCCUCCCUGACCCCUCCCGCUUCUCUCUGGUCGACUUCCCCCUGCACCUGCCCCUCGAGCUGCUGGGCGUCGAUGCCUGCCUGCAGGUCCUGUGCUGCAUCCUGCUGGAGCACAAGGUGGUGCUUCAGUCCCGAGACUACAACGCCCUGUCUAUGAGCGUGAUGGCCUUCGUCACAAUGAUCUACCCACUGGAGUACAUGUUCCCUGUGAUCCCUCUGCUUCCCACGUGCAUGGCCUCUGCAGAACAGCUUCUCUUAGCUCCCACUCCCUAUAUCAUCGGAGUCCCCUCCAGUUUCUUCCUGUACAAAUCCGAUUUCAGGAUGCCAGAUGAUGUGUGGCUGGUGGACCUUGACACUAAUAAGGUGACCGUUCCCAAUAACGCGGAAUUCCUGCCAGUGUUCCCGGAGCCAGAAGCCUCUGAACUGAAGAAACACUUGAAACAGUGUCUGGUUAGCAUGACCGCUCUCAUGCAAAGGCAGCUCUUCACUUCUGAGAACAAGGCCUUGGCCAGCAUGAGUCUCAACACUCAGCCCAUCCUGAACCUGGAGAAGUUCCACGAGGGGCAGGACCUGCCGCUCCUCACCGCCCGAGUCCGGGACGAUGGGACCUCCACCCCUUCCAACGACUUCAACCCCCUGAUCUACGGAAACGACGUGGACUCUGUUGACGUGGCCACAAGGAUUGCCAUGGUGAGGUUCUUCAACUCCCCCAACGUGCUCCAGGGGUUCCAGAUGCACACUCGCACCCUCCGCCUCUUCCCCCGGCCAGUAGUGGCUUUCCAGGCCAACUCCUUCCUGGCCUCCAGACCCAAGCAGUCAGUCUUCGCAGAGAAGCUGUCCCACACCCAGGCAGUGGAGUACUUCGGGGAGUGGUCCCUCAACCCCACCAACUGUGCAUUCCAGAGGAUCCAUAACAAUGUGUACGACCCAUCCCUUAUUGGGGACAAGCCAAAGUGGUACGCACACCAGCUCCAUCCCAUAUACUACCGCGUGUACGAUGGGAACUCCCAGCUGGCAGAGGCCAUGAACGCACCGCUGGAGAGGGAGGCUGACAACGACUCGGACCCCACUGAUGACAGUGGGAGUGACAGUGUCGACUAUGAUGAUUCCAGCUCUUCUUACUCUUCGCUUGGGGACUUUGUCAGUGAAUUAAUGAAGUGUGACAUCAAAGGGGACACCCCCAAUGUGAACUCCCUGACCCACGCCGCCCUGGGAGACGCCAGUGAGGUGGAGUUUCAGGAUUUCCAGGAGUAUCAGGUUGACCCUGAGGAGCAGACUCCGGACAUUGAGAACUCCCCGGAGAACAACAUCCAACCCCGCUCCAGCUCCAGCACCACAGCCAGCUCCAGCCCCAGCACAAGCACAGUGAUCCAGGGGGUGAACCACGAGUCUUCUGACUGUAUGGAUGUGGAAGACAAGUCCGGGCCUGGGUUUCAAAACCACCUCCCAGUCAUCGGGAUGCAGCAGCAGUUCCCCAGGCUGAGCCUGGAGCGGCGGGAGGGCGAGGGGGCGCCCCCUGCUGACGGGCUGGUGAAGAAACGCGAGUACGACAACCCCUACUUCGAACCGCAGUACGGCUUCCCCACGGACGAGGAUGAGGACACAGCCGGGGAGCAGGAGGAGAGCUACACACCCAGGUUCAACCAGAACAUCAACGGGAACAAAUCCCAGAAGCCCCUGCGUCCCAACAGCCUGAAGCUGCCGAACGACUCUGAUGCUGAGUCCGACUCCCGAGCCAGCUCUCCCAACUCCACCAUCUCCAACACCAGCAACGAGGGCUUUGGAGGAAUCAUGUCCUUCGCAAGUAACUUGUACAAGAACCACGGAACCAGCUUCAGCCUCUCCAACUUGGCGUUGCCCACAAAGGCAGCGAGGGAUAAAACCACCCCUUUCCCCAGCCUCAAAGAUUACUUUACUGUUGAAGUAGAAAAGGAUAUGGAUGAAGGGAACAGAAGAGCGCUGGUGGACCAGAAAUCGUCAGUCAUAAAACACAGUCCAACCAUCAAGAAGGAGUCUCCCUCUCCACUGGGCAGAGCAAACAAUACCAGUGAGAACCAGCAAUUUCUGAAGGAGGUGGUCCAGAACGUUCUGGACGGGCAGGGUGUGGGCUGGCUCAGCAUGAAGAAAGUGCGCCGCCUGCUGGAGAACGAGCAGCUGCGCGUCUUCGUGCUGAGCAAGCUGAACCGGGCUAUCCAAUCAGAGGAGGACGCACGGCAGGAGGUCAUUCACGAUGUGGAGAUCAAUCGGAAAGUGUACAAGGGGAUGCUGGACCUGCUGAAGUGUGCGGUUUCCAGCCUGGAGCACUCGUACACCAAUGCAGGGCUCGGGGGCAUGGCCAGCGUCUUCAGCCUGCUAGAGAUCGCCCGCACCCACUACUACACCAAAGAAAUUGACAAACGCAAGCGGAGCCCUACAGAUGGAGGAGGAAUGAGCCCGGGCAGUAAGGACAGUUUAACGCCCAAAGGGGAGACAGCUAAGCCCCACAGCACCUUGCUGGUACCCAAGCUCAAGCUCCAGCCUCCUGUCUCUUCCUCUGGAGGGAAAGGGGCCAAAGAGUUUGACGUGAGGAGUCUCAACGAGGAAAACUUUGUAGCAUCUAUUGAAUUGUGGAACAAGCACCAGGAUAUCAGAAAGCAAAAAGCUAUGGAAAAACAGAGAACUGAAGGAGUGAAGCAGCUGUUUGACCUGGGGGAUACUGAUGAGAAGAAGUCUCAGAUCAGCGCGGAUAGUGGGCUGAGCGUCACUUCAGGGUCUCAGAAGAGUGACACCGAGUUUAUUGCCAGCUCCGAGCCGCCAACACUGACACGGAGCACCAGUCAGGAUUCGGAGGCCAGCACGGUGGUGAGCAACAGCUCGGGGGAGACCAUGGGGGCCGACAGCGACAUGAGCAGCAACGCAGGGGACGGACCCUCAUGGAAAACCACGGCCCACUUAACUGUGUCCAGAGGAACGCUGUCCGAUAGCGAGAUAGAGACCAACUCUGCCACAAGCUCCAUAUUCGGUAAAACCCACAUGCUGAGGCCGGGGUUGAAGGGCAGCAGGGGGAGUCUUCCUGGGAGGGUGUCCGCCUCGGUGCCCCAGGAGGACACCAGCAUGAGGGUGUACCUGUGUGAGGGGCUGCUGGGGAGGGACAAGAGCUCAGUCUGGGAUCAGCUGGAGGAUGCUGCAAUGGAAACGUUCUCUCUGAGUAAGGAGCGCUCCACACUGUGGGAUCAGGUGCAGUUCUGGGAAGAUGCUUACCUGGACGCGGUGAUGCUGGAGAGGGAGGGGAUGGGCAUGGACCAGGGACCACAGGAAAUGAUUGACAGGUAUCUAUCGUUGGGAGACCACGAUCGUAAGCGUUUGGAGGAUGACGAAGACAAAUUGUUAGCGACCCUCUUGCACAACAUGAUUGCGUACAUGCUUAUGAUGAAGGUAAAUAACAAUGACAUCAGAAAGAAAGUCAGACGGCUGAUGGGAAAAUCACAUAUUGGCCUUGCUUACAGUCAGGAGAUCAACGAAGCCCUGGAUCGCUUGGCAGAGCUGAACGGUCGGGAGCUUCUAAUCAGACCCAGCGGCAGCCGACACAUUAAGAAGCAAACCUUUGUGGUGCAUGCUGGGACGGAUACCACAGGAGACAUAUUCUUUAUGGAGGUUUGCGACGACUGCAUCGUGCUGAGGAGCAACAUCGGCACGGUCUACGAGCGCUGGUGGUACGAGAAGCUCAUCAACAUGACUUACUGUCCCAAAACCAAAGUGCUGUGUCUGUGGAGGAGGAAUGGGCAGGAGACGCAGCUGAACAAGUUCUACACAAAGAAGUGUCGGGAGCUGUAUUACUGUGUGAAGGACAGCAUGGAGCGUGCAGCUGCAAGGCAGCAGAACAUUAAACCAGGGCCAGAGCUGGGCGGAGAGUUCCCUGUGCAGGACAUGAAGACCGGAGAGGGGGGGCUGCUACAGGUCACCUUGGAGGGCAUCAACCUUAAGUUCAUGCACAGUCAGGAGCGGAAGGUUUUCAUAGAGCUGAAGCACAUUAAAAAGUGCAAUACUGUCAAAGGAGUCUUUGUCCUGGAAGAAUUUGUUCCUGAAACUAAAGAAGUGGUGAUCCACAAGUACAAGACUCCGAUGGCCCACCAGAUCUGCUACUCCGUGCUGUGUCUCUUCUCCUACAUGGCUGCAGUGAGAGGGAAGGAAGCAGAGGGCAAAACAAAGGCACUGUCUCCGAGGCUCAUCCCCAGCUAGCUCCUGACUCCCCCUCCCCUCCCCUCCCCAAGCAGAAGGGUCACUCGCUCACUGUACACCACAAAAGACUCUCGCUCACGUUCCUGUCCAUGUCAUCUCGUGUUUAGUGCACAGAACGUUGUUGUCUUGUUAAACUACGUAUGUCUUUUUACUACUGUAAAUCCCUUCAUGGUCAUUGUUGUUGUGUGUUUUCCUGUUUUAAUUUCCAUGCACCGUUUUAUGUGGGAUUCUGAAUGUAUUUUACUGGCUGCGGCAGGUUGGUAAGGCUUUUAUUUAUAUGAACAUUUUUAGGUAAAUAAAUAAAAACAAUACAGUUCAAAACAAUGCACACUUUGCAUAAAAUACCUACGCAGCUUCCAGCUCGAAGUGAACCACAUUGCACUUGCUCCUUUAUUUUUCCUUUCCAAGGCAUCUUAAGAAUUUAGCUUUGCACUCUUUCUCGCUUUAUUACUCGAGACAUUUCGUGGUGCUGGCAGAGUAAAGCUUGCUUGGCUACAAAACCCAGGGUACAACGACUAUUCAGCACAGUGACAUUUUACUGUGAGCAGCAAAGCAGGGGGAAUAGACAGCCUCGACUGCGUCGAACUGCUGUAGUCAUGAAAUCGCCAUUGCACUCUGAAACCAGCGUUUUAUUCCUGAAUAUAUGUUGGCUGUAUGGUUAAUGUUAAAUGUAGUUUUAGAAUGAAAAGAAAAUAUGUUGAUUAGAAUAAGAAUGAGAAUCAAUUGCCUUAUAUACUGGUUUAAUGAAAUAUUUCUAAAGCAUGAAAGCUCGUGCCAGUCCCUUCUGGAAGAGAACGAGCAGCAGCUUCAUUACUGGAGAAGGCAGGGUGAGUUCUGAAGGCGUGUCACCUGUUCCUAUUGGGACAAUGUUGGCAGUCUGUUUUAAAAGGAGCUUUAUUCUCUCGUGCCGGCAAUCCACCAAUAAGUUAGAAGCUGCUGUAAUGACCUCCAGCUUGCUACCCCUCUCUGCAAACACCCUUGCAUGCCACUCUAAAUGUUUCAUUAAAUUUAAAAUCUGAGGAGUGCUUAACAGAUUCCUCUCAACGAACGGUGAAUCACUGUACUAGCUAUCGGGGCAUGUAUCUCUUCAAAUUAUCACUGUAAAAAAGAUCCUGUUCAGUUCCGCCCUGCUGUGCUAGAUUGUAUGGAUGUGCAGUGCUUAAUGGAUGUAGGAGUUUGCAGCAUUAUUUUCCUCUUGUCUAAAGUAAGCUGCUGUAGAAAAUGUUAUAUUAAUUAAUAAGUAAAUAUAUAUUAAUUAAUACAUACAUACUAAAAUAAAUAAAAAUGUAUUUAAAAAAAAACUUCAUUAGAAUUAAGCACCAACUGUGUUUAGAAAUCCUGAAAUCUAUACUUGGGUACAACUUUGUUUCUGCCGACUGAUGUUUCCUACUGUCACGUGUCCAUUUUAAAGGGUGAAACAGAUUUUCCUGCUACCUGCAAGUCAGAAUGAUGUGUGUACUGUGAUGUUCCCAAGAUGUAUUUAAGUGUGGGUACAUGUAGCCAUGGGUACUUUUCUUUGUUUAGUUUUGUUUUGAAAGGAAUGAACUACUGAUUUACAUAUUUAAAGUUAUAGACUUGCACAAUGUUAUCACUGUUAUCACCAAUUUUAAAGAUUCCCCAGGACUUGACACUAAAUGUUCUGAAUGUAAAUUAUGUUAAAGAAAGGUAUAUGUGUUCCAUUGUGGCAGACGGAGGGGGGGGGGGGGUUAUAGUGUUGCAUCACCUACUGCAGUCAUUGAUGCCAAUAAAAUAUGUGACGUGUUCUUUUUCAGCGGAAAUGUUUCCAUUUCAAAGUUUGCUGCUGUAGAAUAAAGCAAAAAGCAAGGAUGACUGGUGUAAAUAUUUAAGUAUUAAGAAUAUUUAUAGAAAAUGUACAGCUUUGGGAAUGUGAGAAUAAAAAAAUAAAUCAUGUAUCCAACUUGGAAUUUGUGAAUUGAAACCUUUGUGUUAAUAUCAUACUAUUAAAGAGAACACUAUGCAGGGUGUGUGUGUCACGCAUGU